GGGAGUUAAGAAUACCAUUUACGACGUAGGUAGAGGUGAGCUGGGUAUGCUGGAAUUUUACCUUGAGUACAUUCUGUUUGAUUUUGGUUUUCUAUACAACUAAUGAGCUGUUCAAAGAAAAAUGAAAAGGCGGGUUUUGAUUUACAAGAUUCAAAAUGUUUGACAAUUAAUACUUUACUGAUGUUGAACUCGCACUGAUCAUAAAAUUCCCUAUAAGGUCCAUCAAACUGAUUUGCAUUAUUGAAAAAUGAUUAACAGCUGACGUAAUCAAUUCUAUCUUGUGUGGCACACCUGUUUAUAAUUUGUUUUGUAUGAAAGUUUGAAGUUGUGAGAUGGCAUCAAAAAUAAAGCUCAACGACGAGCAUGGCCGAUCUGAUUCGUAUCGGGUUGCCACAAUUCCUUCCUCUUUCGAUGACUUCAGAACAGCAGAUGGUAGACCGAAGUCUCGAAGGAAGAUAAAGAAGGUCAGAAAAGCGGAAGAUUUAGAUGAUUUAAAACAGGAAUUAGACAUCGAUUAUCAUAAGAUCUCGCCCGAAGAACUCUAUCAAAGGUUUCAAACACAUCCCGAAAAUGGUCUUAGUCAUGCGAAAGCGAAAGAAAAUUUGGACAGGGACGGACCCAAUGCCCUUACGCCGCCAAAAACAACUCCCGAAUGGGUGAAAUUCUGUAAAAACUUGUUUGGUGGUUUCGCCCUUUUACUUUGGAUUGGUGCAAUCCUCUGUUUUUUGGCUUAUUCCAUACAGGCUAGUACCGUGGAAGAACCCGCAGAUGAUAAUCUUUAUCUUGGGAUCGUAUUAGCUGCCGUUGUUAUCGUUACAGGUAUAUUUUCUUAUUAUCAAGAAAGUAAGAGUUCGAAAAUUAUGGAAUCUUUCAAGAACAUGGUACCUCAAUUUGCGACUGUACUCAGAGAAGGUGAAAAGCUGACGCUUCGCGCCGAAGAUUUGGUACUUGGCGACGUAGUCGAAGUCAAAUUCGGCGAUCGUAUACCGGCGGAUAUAAGAAUAAUCGAAUCAAGAGGUUUUAAAGUUGACAAUUCAUCACUUACCGGAGAAUCUGAACCUCAAAGUAGGAGUCCCGAAUUCACUCAUGAAAAUCCAUUGGAAACCAAAAAUCUUGCAUUUUUCUCGACUAACGCCGUAGAAGGUACCGCCAAAGGAGUUGUUAUCAGUUGUGGAGACAAUACCGUGAUGGGUCGUAUCGCCGGUCUCGCAUCCGGUUUAGACACUGGGGAAACUCCGAUCGCUAAAGAAAUCCACCACUUUAUUCAUCUAAUCACAGGAGUGGCCGUUUUUCUGGGAGUAACUUUCUUCUUUAUAGCAUUCAUACUUGGUUACCAUUGGUUAGACGCCGUUAUUUUCUUGAUUGGUAUCAUCGUAGCCAACGUACCGGAAGGUUUGUUAGCUACUGUAACCGUUUGUUUAACUCUCACUGCCAAAAGAAUGGCGUCGAAGAAUUGUUUGGUGAAAAAUUUGGAAGCCGUCGAAACAUUGGGAUCUACUAGCACAAUUUGCUCAGAUAAGACUGGAACAUUGACUCAAAAUAGAAUGACCGUAGCUCACAUGUGGUUCGAUAAUCAAAUUAUCGAAGCAGACACAACCGAAGAUCAAUCCGGUGUUCAAUACGAUAGGACAAGUCCAGGAUUCAAAGCUCUAUCUCGGAUCGCUACUCUAUGUAAUAGAGCCGAAUUCAAACCGGGUCAAGAUGGCGUCGCCAUCCUUAAACGCGAAGUUAACGGAGAUGCGUCCGAAGCGGCUCUUCUCAAAUGUAUGGAACUGGCUCUCGGUGAUGUAAUGUCGAUUCGACGCAAGAAUAAGAAAGUCUGCGAAGUUCCAUUCAACUCCACUAACAAAUAUCAAGUAUCUAUUCACGAAAACGAAGAUCCGAACGAUCCACGUCAUAUUUUGGUGAUGAAGGGAGCGCCGGAAAGAAUUUUAGAAAGAUGUAGUACCAUCUUCAUCUGCGGCAAAGAAAAAGUAUUAGACGAAGAGAUGAAAGAAGCAUUCAAUAACGCCUAUUUGGAAUUGGGAGGUCUCGGAGAGCGUGUACUAGGUUUUUGCGAUUCGAUGCUACCGACAGAUAAAUAUCCGAUCGGUUACAAAUUCAACAGCGACGAUCCCAAUUUCCCUCUAGAAGGCUUAAGAUUCGUCGGUCUUAUGUCGAUGAUUGAUCCUCCGAGGGCGGCAGUACCUGACGCCGUGGCUAAAUGUAGAAGCGCCGGUAUUAAAGUUAUCAUGGUGACCGGUGAUCAUCCUAUAACUGCUAAAGCUAUCGCUAAAUCUGUCGGUAUCAUAUCCGAAGGAAACGAAACAGUCGAAGAUAUCGCUCAACGAUUAAAUAUUCCGGUAUCCGAAGUUAAUCCUAGGGAAGCUAAAGCUGCCGUCGUACAUGGAUCGGAUCUUAGAGAUUUGUCCUCUGACCAAUUGGACGAAAUCCUCAGAUACCAUACCGAAAUUGUAUUCGCCAGAACUUCUCCGCAACAGAAACUCAUCAUCGUGGAGGGAUGUCAGCGGAUGGGUGCUAUUGUCGCCGUCACAGGUGAUGGUGUAAACGAUUCUCCAGCUUUGAAGAAAGCCGAUAUUGGUGUUGCUAUGGGUAUAGCCGGUUCGGACGUAUCCAAACAGGCCGCCGAUAUGAUUUUACUCGACGAUAACUUCGCUUCUAUCGUGACAGGUGUAGAAGAAGGUCGAUUGAUCUUCGAUAAUCUCAAGAAAUCUAUUGCUUACACCUUAACAUCCAACAUUCCCGAAAUAUCUCCCUUCUUAGCCUUUAUUCUCUGUGAUAUCCCAUUACCUUUGGGUACGGUCACCAUUCUAUGCAUCGAUCUGGGAACAGACAUGGUGCCUGCUAUUUCUUUGGCUUAUGAAGAAGCUGAAAGCGAUAUUAUGAAGAGACCCCCAAGAAACCCCCUAACCGAUAAACUUGUCAAUGAUAGGCUAAUUUCAAUGGCAUACGGACAGAUCGGUAUGAUUCAAGCAGCGGCAGGUUUCUUCGUCUAUUUCGUCAUUAUGGCUGAAAACGGAUUCCUACCAAUGAAGUUGUUUGGAAUAAGAAAACAAUGGGAUUCGAAAGCUGUCAAUGAUGUUACAGAUUCUUAUGGACAAGAAUGGACAUAUCGAGAUAGGAAAACAUUGGAAUACACUUGUCACACUGCUUUCUUCGUUUCAAUCGUUGUGGUACAAUGGGCGGAUUUGAUAAUUUGUAAAACUAGAAGAAAUUCCAUCGUACAUCAAGGAAUGAGAAACUGGGCUCUAAAUUUCGGACUCGUUUUCGAGACUGCUUUGGCUGCUUUUCUUUCUUACACCCCCGGUAUGGACAAGGGAUUGAGAAUGUUCCCAUUGAAGUUUGUAUGGUGGUUGCCCGCAAUUCCAUUCAUGCUGUCCAUCUUCAUUUACGACGAAGUGCGACGAUUUUAUUUACGACGCUGUCCCGGCGGAUGGUUAGAACAAGAGACCUAUUAUUAAGUAUUAAAAUAUCAAGAGUACUGCCACUCAGUGGAGCUGUGGGACCGCUUAUACCACGGCCUCGAUAGGAGAGACCUCGAUAAUGAAAAAAGAAGAAACCGUAUCAACAUGGAAAGAAAACGAAGUCUUUCUCUAUCGAUUAUUGUACAAAUACUGUUGCUAAUUUUAGUAAAUUUGCUGCUUGUGCAGUUUGAUAUAUUUAAGUACGGCGUAAAAGACCGGCUACCUUGUUUAAAUCGAGUUGUUCUAUUACGUCUUAGCUAUUUAUGAAUCUAAUUAAAAAAAAAAAAAAAUAAUAGGUCGUGUGACAAGAAGGGGUAUCAACCACAAUAAAGUAAACAUUCCAUAUUCAAGGACUACAGUUGCCUUAGUCUGCCAUACAGAGUAUUAAUUCGAGGUUUUCCACUUAAAACGUCCGCUCUUUAAACUUGGAAACUAAUCGGAUAUUUACACUGUUUCUUUUCAACUUUUAUAGUUACAAGCUUUGAAGAGGCAUAACUUUAAUGGAAUACCUUUUUUUAGGUCGGUUUAGGAUCUAGGAACAUUGAUAGAAUCACAUAUACGCCAUUUUGAAUCGUCCUCUACCUAUUCGAACUUCUAAUACCUUUAGUAUGGUAUAGAAAUCGAUUAUCAAUGUAUUAAUCACACUGUAUAUUUUACAUUUGUAAUAUCCUCAAUUUAAUUGAAGAAGAUAAAUCCUGAAUCACACAAUGUGUGUAUAUUAGUCUAAGAACCGGUUGCAGGAUUAGUGCAUCAAUAGGAUUUUUGCCAAAAACCCAAAUUUUUAUGGAUAUUUAUAAUAUAUUAUGAAUAAAUAUUUACCAAGUUGUCUAACAAAACUUGGUCGCUAAUAUUUUUAAUUGAUUUUUGGAAAAAAACAUUUCGUUCGCGGCAAUUUAUGUGAAGAUUUUAACAGUUGCCGUUGCCUCUUCGUGUCAGUUGGGUCUCUAUCGCAUGUCUGCACUUACGCGUGUAUUUCGAGCAACUUCAAUACAGACGGCGUAAUAAAUCGAUCGCCUACUGCCAGCCCUCUGAUGGUAGAGGAAAGAACCAUUACUCUGGAUCAAAAUAAAAAACAAGUCUAUUGAUGAUAGAAAA